GUUUGGCAACUUGGGUUGUUCCUAUUAGGCCUUGUGUUUCUAGCACAUUGGUUCUUGCACAUUGGAAAACUGAAAACAGUGAGAUACCAAAGAUUCUUUUCUUCUGGGGUUCUUGCUACUUUCUUUUUCAGAUAAGAGAAACAGAUAGGCUUGAUUGUGCAUAUCUAUCUCAACUUGGUUUUCAUUUUUCUUUGAGAGAGAGAGAGAGAGAGAGAGAGCAGUGGUAAGGAUGUUGGAAGGAAAAGCUAUAAUAGAGGACACAGACAUGCCUGUGAAGAUGCAAUUCCAAGCUAUGGCUUCUGCUUCUCAGGCUUUGGAUCUCUAUGAUGUCUUGGACUGCAAAUCCAUUGCUGCCCACAUAAAAAAGGAGUUUGAUAUGAAAUAUGGAGGAGGGUGGCAAUGUGUGGUAGGUUCCAAUUUUGGUUGUUUCUUCACUCAUUCUAAAGGGACUUUCAUCUAUUUCACAUUGGAGACUCUCAAUUUCCUUAUCUUCAAAGGGGCUUCUUCUGCUUCGGCUGCCUGAGGAGAAAUUACUUGUUCUAUUAACUAAUUACUACUUCUCAAGAGACUGAGGUUAUGUUUGGUUGCUAAGAAAGUCCAGAGAAAGGCAAGCAUAGUGGGAAAAAGUAAUUUGACGUGGAGAAGGAGGAGGAGAACUAGAAGCAGAAAAGAACACAAGAACAAACAUGGCCACAUGGAGGGUCGUUUGGAUUUUCCUAUGUGAUAGGAACCUUGUGAAUGUAGUGCUUUUCAAGCAAUGCCCCUUCUUGUAUAAAAAUACUUACGAAGCAGCUUCUGAUAUGAAAGUAAUUACAUUUUAAUCUUA